GUCGCAAUCUGUGACGUCAGAUUUAAGCGCCACGGUGGAUCAUGAUGGCGACUGCCCAAACCACUCAAGAGAAAGAAAAUGAAGAUUGGUCUUUAUUACCUUUGGUUCACGAUAUUAUAAAAUGCAUGGACAAGGAUAGUCAGGAUGUCCACCAGGAAUUGGCCAAGCUAAAGUCCAAGAUCCAGGAGGCACGGGAGCAGAUCUCCAACAUGCCCGGUAUCGACUGCAGCCCACAGGAGCAGCAGCAGCAACUCUGCACACUACGAGAGCAAGUGCGCACAAAGAAUCAACUACUGCACAAGUAUAAAGGUCUAUGUAUGUUUGAUGUGCCCAAAGCAUCAUGAUGUAUAAAUAUAUUUAAGAGACUGUGGUUCACAUGACACGCAACAUCUUCGCCAGUUUUAUUCAACAACUGGAUUAUGGUCACGUGGAUAUAUUCCAUUUUUUCAUGGAUUUGGUAGCAGAUUAUUCUUUUCGACUCCUAUCAUUUUUGAGUUGAGUCAAUGUUGAGUUUAAGUGGCAUUUCUGCUCAUUUGCACCUAAAUCCCACACGCAUCCUCUCACUUCUAGAUAAUGGACUUAAUGUUUAUAAUGAAGAAGAGACAAAAAGACACAUUUACCCAACACAUUUUUGGGAGUGACCUUUAACGCCAACAUUGAAAGUUAAAGAGAUAUUGAAUACUUUGUUUAUUAGUUGCUAAGUGCUGGCACAAUAUCCUUCUAUCGAAACAGAGACUUAGACUUGGCAUGUGUUUGAAAAGUAUGAUUUUUCACAUUUCUAGCUAGAACAUAAGGUUUGUGUUUGAAAAAGACAUUUUUUUUACAGAUGUUUCAUUUUGUUGUUGCCUUUCCUUGUAUUGGAUUUUAUAAUAAAUGUUCUAUUCUAUUUGGUUUUACACACAGUGAAUAUUGAAAUGGUUAAUACUCCGAUAGCGCUGGACAGGUGGUGAAAAUGUGAUUGAGAUCUUAAUUUAAUUGUGUAGUGUGUUGUGCUUGGUAGAUUUUAUUUCAGUUUUCAAGUGAUGAUCAAUUGUUUAUCAAAUCAAUUAUCCAACUCUUUUAGUGACAAUACAUUAAUUACAUUUCCCACCAUUUGUAAAUAAGAGUAAAUAAAGGUUUUUGUUUUCUUUUGUAUUUUAUUUUCUCUGUACAAAAGUUGUAGACAAUAAAUACAUACAAUUC